AUGUCCAGCCAACCUCUCCUCCAAACCGCGCCCGGCAAGCGAAUUGCCCUGCCCACCCGAGUCGAACCCAAAGUCUUCUUCGCGAACGAGCGAACCUUCCUCUCCUGGUUGAACUUCACCGUCAUCCUGGGCGGAUUGGCAGUUGGUCUACUGAACUUCGGUGACCGCAUCGGUCGGAUCUCCGCAGCCCUGUUCACCGUCAUUGCUAUGGGCGCGAUGAUCUACGCACUUGUCACAUUCCACUGGCGAGCACAGAGUAUUCGGCGUCGGGGGCAGAGUGGGAUUGAUGACAGAUUUGGUCCUACCAUCUUGGCCAUUGCGCUUCUUGCGGCUGUGGUGGUGAACUUCAUUUUGCGUAUUAAGGAUGGGCAGAUGGAUUGA